AUGCUGGGUGGCGGGAAGUAUAGUCCCUUGAGCAUCCAAUUAGGUCGCUACGACAUCCCUCUUCCUUCGUCCGAUGACAGCUUUGCGUUCGGCAUUUUCGAACAGCACGAUUCGAUUUCGCUAGAAUUGCUUGACUUCGAUAAAAGCAACCCACUUCCGAUUCAAAUGCCAACGAAGCAUGGCGAGCCGUCAUUUUCCCUGAUCAUCCAGGGAUUCAAUAUCUGGUCGGUCGUUUCGAACCGGGUCUCCUCGAGAGGACAGAAGGACAUUCCAGCAUGGGAAACUGACCCCUUCUGGGGCCGCGGCUUGGAGGCUCUCGAACACUGGCGCGCAGCGCAAGGGUCUCGAAUGGUGUAUUCGCCGGGAAACAAUAACCUGCAAGCAUAUAUAACGCGUAAUCAAGCGGAGCGGUUCGCAUUUCUCAAUCUCAUAUACUAUAUCACAGCAUUAUUUAUCCACCGCCAACUCACCCGCCUUCUCCCCCAUCAGAAUGGGCCAUCAGAGACUACACAUCCGGGAUGGCUGCACUCCAAUUCCAGUAGUCGAAAGCUUUUGGAGAAUGCUAACAAUAUCAUACAUCUGAUGAAACAUCUUCAUUACGGAAUCGACUUGCGAGCACCUUUUACGUGUUUUUGUGUCUUCAAUGCUAUGGCAACAGUUGCACACGCGCAUAAAUGGUUUCACACGACUCCUGGGACCCAAGAUGCUUCCGAGCUCCUCGAAUGGGGUGUUGAAUGGCUACGAGAGGCAGGCAAUCAUUGGGAAAUAGCACAAGGAUGGUAUAAUACCCUUACGGAGAUCAUUGCAACUUACGAUUGUCUGGACAUGGGCAGCCCCCAUCUAUCAGACACUCAGCGUCACAAGCUAUCACAUAUCCAUGACAGGUUGGCGCGUCUUGAUGAAUCAAGUGCCCCGAUAGCCCAAAUUCUUUCGCCUCAAGACAGUCAGCCUGAGCAGUUGGAUAUCGGGACUCGAGAUCCGCAGCAGGAGGAUUGCGGCCAAUAUCCUGCGGUGUGGAAUUUAGAGACUGGUCAAGAGAGCCAACUGCUAGACCUUGACCCGCAUAAUCCUUCUCUCACCGCACUUCAAAAUGGCCCAUUCCAGCCGCCUGAGGGGCUCGCAUUCGACCAUGAUUUUCUAACGGCUGUUUUGUCUGAUCCAUCAGGCAAUUUGAUCCCAAUGCAUUAG